GAGUGAGUACAUCAGGACAGAGAUGGAUUUCUACCGGGACUAUCUGGAGGGAUGUCUGACUCUUCUCAACCCAACACACUACGAUAACGGAAACUACACGCUGGAGGCCUCCAACUCCCUGGGGACCGUCACCAAGACGGUCUACGGACACUUCCUCACGGCUCCGCCCUUUGACCCUGACCCUGACGGUAGCCCAGUGCCAUCAAACAAUGCCAUCAGGCCGGAAGAGGAGACGUUUGGGGUGUCGAUAGCAGUAGGUCUGGCUGGUUUCACCAGUGUUCUCCUCAUCGUCCUCUUCAUUCUCAUCAACAAAUAUGGCCGACGCAACAAGUAUGGAUUGAAGGGUAAGUCAUAGUGCACUACAUGACCAAAUGUAUGUGGACACCUGCUCCUCCAACAUCUCAUUCCAUAAAUCAUGGGGAUGAAUUCAA